AUGGAUGUUUCCCCCCCGUCAUUUGCCCAAGGUUGGCCGCUAGAACGGUCCUGCGGAAAUGUGCUGCAGCUGCACGGAGUAGCGCAUGCAAAGUGGUGUAUGUUCCUGAACCGCACAUGGUACCUUACCUUACCUCACGGAUAA